AUGCCCAACCUAGCGCUACCGUCGAGGUCGCCCUUGCUCGGCUCGCGCAAAGCGCUGCGAGAGACCAGCCCCUCGCCGCCCACACGAACCAGCUCGGCGUCGCCACUACCAUCACCAGCCGUCGCAGGGCCCAGCAGCCUCUCCCGCUCACCGCCCAAGCCCAUCGCAUCGGGCAAGGAGCUCUCGGAACAGUAUGAGCUGCUCGAAAAGAUCGGCGCCGGCUCCUUCGGCACCGUCUACAAGGCAAUGCACAAGGAGACGCGUCAGAUCGUCGCCAUCAAGCAAGUCGACCUCGAGGACUCGGACGACGACAUCAGCGAGAUCCAGCAGGAGAUCGCACACCUCGCCCAGUGCGACAGCGAGUGGGUCACACGCUACUACGGCAGCUUUGUCAAGGGCUACAAGCUCUGGAUCAUCAUGGAGUACCUCGCAGGCGGUUCGUGUCUCGACCUGCUCAAGGCCGGGCCCUUCUCCGAGGCUCACAUCGCCAUCAUCUGCCGCGAGCUGCUGCUCGGCCUCGAGUACCUCCACAACGAGGGCAAGAUCCACCGUGACAUCAAGGCCGCCAACGUGCUCCUUUCCGCCAGUGGCAAGGUCAAGCUCGCCGACUUUGGUGUGGCGGCGCAGCUGUCCAACAACAAGUCGAGGCGCAACACGUUUGUCGGCACGCCCUUCUGGAUGGCGCCCGAGGUGAUCCGUCAGGCAGGCUACGACUACAAGGCCGACAUCUGGUCGCUCGGCAUCACCGCGAUCGAAAUGGCCAAGGGCGAGCCACCGUUGGCCGAGUACCAUCCGAUGCGCGUGCUCUUCCUCAUCCCCAAGGCCAAGUCACCAACGCUCGAGGGCAACUUUUCGUCCGCCUUCAAGGACUUUGUCGACCUCUGUCUCAUCAAGGAUCCCAAGCACAGACCCUCGACCAAAGAGCUACUCUCGCAUCGCUUCAUCAAGUAUGCCAAGAAGACCGUGCUGCUCACCGAGCUCAUCGAGAAGCACCACGAGUACAAGGCGCGCGGCGCCACGCGCGGAGGCGCCAUCGUGCGCGACCAUCUGCGCGGCGUCGAUGCAUCCGAGUCCACGAUCGGCGGCAGCACCAUCAUGAGCGAGUGGCAGUUCGACACGAUGCGUUCGCGCAUGUCUGUAUACGACGAUCCGGAUGGCGACGGCGAUGACGAUGCCGAUGCGCUCGCUACCUGGGCUAGGAGCCGCGGUCCGCCCGCGACCGGCGAGGAUCGCGCGGGCUACGACACGGUGCGCGGCGCGCGGCCCGCGGGCCAGCUCAUGGAGGCAGUCGACAGUGCGAUGCACACGCCGCGACGCGGUGGCGUGCUGCGUGCGGCCAACGGCGACCAGGACGACAUCUCGGACCUCUCCACCGAGGCGUAUACGAGCAGCGACGCGCUGAGCCGCUCCUCGAGCACACUCGCAACCUCUACGGCGUCCGGCCCGUCGACGCCAGCGGACAAGGCGCGCGAGUCGAUCCACGUGGAUGCGCUCUGCGCGUCGUUCCGGGGCAUGCAGCCUUCGGACGCGCGCGACCGCUACGCGGCGAGCGGGAUCGGCAAGAACGCCGCGGCUGCGUCGUCGGCAUCGCACCUGGCGCCGCCGUCGGCGAGCGGGCUGGCGGAGAGCAGCGUGGACAUUGCUACGGCCGCAGCCACCAUGGCUUCCUCGCAUGCGGGCUCGACCGCGACGCAGCACAUCCGAUGCGCGCGCGACGGCAAAGCGUCUCCGAGCCACAGCCGAAACGGCUCUGCCGCCUCGUCGGCCUCGCGUCCAGACAGUCGCCCGCGGCGCAGCAGCUGGAACGAGCGCAACGACAUCAACGGCACAGUGCUGCGGGAGGGCGAUGUGGCCAACGGGCUCGAGACGCUGCGUCCCGUACGUCGGCUCGACGCAGGCGGAUCGGCCAAGCUGAGCCAGCAGUACAUCGGCAGCCUACGCAGCGGUUCUGCGCCUUCGGGCCUGGAGAAGUCGGGCGAGCUCGCCGAGGCGGUGCCGCGGGCGCUGCGCCACUCGCGGUCUGCGCUGGCGAGCUCGAGCAGCACAGCGCAGGCGCACGCGACGGCGGGGGAGAAUCUGGUCAAGGACGUGAUCCUGCCCGUCAUGGAGCGUGCCAAGGCGCAGGAGCUCGAGGCGGGCGAGGUUGAGGCGCUCGAGAUGAUCGCCAAGGGCUUUGAGGACCUGAGCCUGCUCAACUCGCGGCUGGCGUACUCGACGAUCGUAGACCUGCUGCUGAGCAUGAACGACAACGAGCAGGCGCGUGAGAAUCUGUCGACGACAUUCCGGCAGCGCCUCACGCGGCCGCAGAUGGCCAAGCUGCAGCAGCCGGACGAACAACCGCGCUCGCCCAUUGCCGAUCUGCUGUAUGGACGCUGGCUCGAAGGGCUGCGCAACCGCUGGAUUGGCUACUAG